AUGACUCAGAUGAGGAAAAGGAAUGAAUACCCUGCACAAGACAAAGACGAUAGAUCUUCAGACUCAACACUGUUAGGUUGUCAAGAAAAUAAUAAAAGUGAAAAGACAUGGAAGCUGUGCAAGUGUACUGUGGACGAGACUGGACAAUUCCAAUAUUACGAUAUUCGGAAGACUGAGCCGGAUUUAACGUACGAGAAAGCAGGCAGCAUAGCAACAUCACUGGAAGCAGCCAACAGAGACAGCGCUACACUGAGUCAUCACGGAAGCACGGGAAUAGCAGUGGCGACGACGACACUGAUCCACCAGAAAGCUCUAAUUGGAGGAGUCUAUAUUCCCCCCAGCCAGCCUGUUGCUGCUUACAUGGAUUUUUCUAGCUCAGUGGAAGAGAUCGUGGCACUCAACAACUUCGCUCAUAUCCAUUUGACCGGAGAUUUCAACCUUCCUGGUAUCAGCUGGACUUCAUCCCAGGUCGUGCUCAACCAUUCCGCAAUUGCGAUCUCCGAGAUGGCCGAGCUGCUUGGUCUAUCUUGGCUGCCAGGAGAGAGAACUCAGAUCGAUGUCGUUGAAUUGGAUUUUGCCAAGGCUUUCGAUCGAGUCGACCAUGUCCUACUCAUCCGCAAGUUGUGUGAGUAUGGGAUCUGUGGACCACUGCUCAAAUGGUUUGCGAGCUAUCUACAUGAGAGAAAACUUCAGGUUCGCUUCCAUUCCGCUCUAUCCAAGGAGUUCAUUGCUACUUCUGGCGUACCUCAGGGUUCACACCUGGGCCCCACUUUGUUCAAUAUCUACAUUAACGACAUAACUCGAAGACUGAGCUUUAACCACCUACUCUUCGCCGAUGAUUUGAAACUGUAUGCGAAAGUUACUACACAUCAAGAUGCUAUUAAUCUCCAGGAAGACCUGAAUCGGGUAGAGGAGUGGUGCCUGGAAAAUAGCAUGGCUCUCAACCUCGAUAAGUGUGUCUGUAUCACUUUCCACCGAACCGUCUCUCCAAUAAAACUUGACUAUUCUCUGAGCGGCAUAACAUUAUCAAGAGUUACUACAGUAAAAGAUCUUGGAGUGACCAUUACAUCUACACUCAACUGGGAUGCACAUGUUCAGUCGGCUUGCAGCCAGACAUUGCGCAAACUCGGCCUGAUACACAGCAUUUCACUGAUAUACUCUCUUUCAAGACUCUCUACUGUACCUUGA